CAUCGUGAUUUAGCUGCCUCGCCUACGACCCCGUACAGUCGCUGCUCGCCGUGGGCACCAAAGAAUCCAAGUUCGGGCCUGGCAAGAUCUGCGUCUACGGGCGGCGUCGCAUCCACAAGAUCUUUGUACCGCAGCUCCCGGUCUCGAUCCGCCAGCUCGACUUCGUUGCCAACCGCCUCGUCAGCCUCGACAGUCGCAAUGAGAUCACCAUCUGGGAUCUCGACACGGCCGCCCCGCUGGCCAAGUAUACAUAUGGGCGCGCCGCGUGCAUGUUGACAGACGCCAUGCUGGACUGGGUCUUUCUUGGCUCCAGCUCUGGCGAUGUCUUCGCCUACGAUCUCGAUCGAGAACGCCCCUCAUCCUUCCGCAUCCCCAACUUUUGGCGCGAGAAAGACCCCAUGGCCAUGUCUGUAGGAUUGGUGGGCUUGCAGCUGCACCCGAGGGACAUCGGCAAACUGCUGAUUGCCUACACACAUGGCGCUGUCAUCUUCUCGUUCAAGCAGAACGUGCCCACCAAUUUCUUCGAGUACCAGCUCCCACCCGGUGCUCCUGGUGGGAACGGCGCGGCCGUCAACGACGUGCGCAAGCCGAAGCUGACGCACGCCUUGUGGCACCCUUCUGGAACCUUCGUCCUGACCGCCCAUGAUGACGGCAGCCUUGUCUUCUGGGACUCCAAGGACGGCCGCAUGCUCGCGGCGAGAUCGCUUUACAAGACCAAGGUCAACAUGCCGCUCCCGGGGCCCAGUGCGGCGACGCCAGUGGCGCCGUUUGUCAAGAUCUCGUGGUGCUGCAAAGAGAACCCCGACGACACUGCGCUCUUAAUCGCCGGUGGGCGUGUCGCCGAUGACCCUGAGAGUGGCCUCACGUUCCUCGACUUGGGUCUGACACCAGUCUAUGCAACCUCAUCGUGGGAGAUUCUCGCAAGCCACUUUGACGGUAAGCGACGAUUGACACUGCCGACACCUCCUGAAGCCAACGUCAUAAAUUAUUGCCUCGUGCCCCGUUCCUCGCCACAUUUUGAUGGUGCCCAGGAUCCCAUUGCCGUUAUUGCCAUGCUCUCGUCGGGGGAGCUGAUCACAAUGAGUUUCCCCUCGGGGUACCCCAUCAGCCCUACAAACAUGCUGCACCCUAGCUUGUCUUUUGUUCAUCCUUUCGUUCAGAAAAUUGCCGUGUCGACGGUACCCCGAGAUCGCUGGCUGGGGAUGGUGGAACAGCGCAACAAAGGAGCCUCUAUCCUCGAGGGCGGCUCCGAGGCCAGAAAGCCAAGUAAAAGAUCGGGCGGACGGAACGUCAUUCAAGUCGUCCACGCUGACAGCAUAGUGCGCAUAUGGGAUGUUGGGUUUGAUGAUGAGAUAGACAAUUCCGAGCUGCUCCAGGUCGACGUCGCCAGGGCUCUCAAUCGGUUCGAGGACGUCAGCAUAACCUCGAUAGACAUGGCGGAAGUCACGGGCGAGUUCGCGGCUGGCACGGCAACCGGCGAGGUGGUCGUCUAUCGGUGGGGAUCCAACAAGUACUUCGGCGGAGACGCGUCUCAGCCAGCCCCAGCGAGCCCCGGCCGUCUUACUGACAUAAGCUCCAGGGCCGAGCCGUCACUGAGAGAGGGCCUCCAGCCUUUGGUCCUCUACGAGAUGGCCCAGGGUCCCGUUACUGCGCUGUCAGUCUCGGAUAUCGGGUUUGUAGCAGUCGGCUCGGAGCUUGGUUUCUUCAGCAUCAUCGACCUGCGUGGGCCUUCUAUAAUUUACCAAGCCUCGACAGCAGAAUUCACAAAGGAAGAGAAGAGGUCAUUCCUCAAGCGAGACUCCAAAUCCGCACAGGGGAAGGAUUGGCCCGUUGUCAUCGAGUUUGGUGUCAUGACGUUGGAGAACGACAACUACUCUAGCAUUGCGUGCUUCGUGGGCACAAACUCGGGCCGGAUUGCCACAUUCAAGCUCUUGCCAUCGGCGAAGGGCUAUACGGUGCAGCAUGUCGGAGUGGCAAGCCUGGACGACAAGAUAAUCGCCAUCUGUGCAAUGGAUGCCGAUAGCGGCCGUCCGGCUGCUGCUACAGGUAAUGUUGUGGCAAGUCUAAGAGAGGGGUAUCAAGUCAAUGGCGUUCUUGUCGCUGUCACUCAAACCGAGAUACGGGUAUUCAAGCCGGCGACGUCGAAGGGCGCCUCAAAGUCUUUUGGCGACCAGUUGUGUGAUGCGGCGUCCGUCACCGAAUGCCAGCUGUCGGGCUUCGCGCUUGUUGCCCUCUUCGGUGACCGGACCGCUCGUGCCUACUCGUUGCCGGGCUUGAAGGAGCUUGGGCGAUCUACGCUCUCCAUGCUUGACCCGAGCCGGACCAUGUCGGCUGUCGUUACAAAGACUGGAGACAUCGUUGGAUGGACCGGGCCCUCCGAGAUUACCGUCCUUUCUGUGUGGGGGACCGGCAAGGGCCUCGAGAAUACGAUGGACACAUUGGUCAACCCCGAGCUCCUCAUGCCACCCCGCCCCACCAUUUCCAACCUCCAGUGGAUCUCUGGAACGCAAUAUGUCAGCCCUACAGACCUAGACCUGCUCAUAGGCGGCCCCGAUCGCCCGCCGAGCAAGCGCAUGAUUGCGGCAGCUGCAGCAGAGGAGAGACAGGCUAGGUCUGCCGGCAGUGCUCGCCGGGGCGCUCGUGCGGGCUCGAGCCAGCAGCAGGGCUGGGGUGAAUACCUGUCUCAGCAGCUGAGCGAGCGGACCGAAAAGCUAAAUUUCAUGGGUACCAUGGACAAUCUUCAGGCGAGUUCCGGAUGGGCUGAUGACGUGGGUAAGUACGUCCAGAGCACGAAGAGAAACAUGCUUCUUGGCGGGCUCAAGAAAUCCAUUUUAUAGACAUCGGGGGGUUGCAGUUGAUUCUCCUGGGUGGCCACUCUUUGUUUUCCUUAAAAUUGGGGGCCUGGGACCUGUGGACGGAGUUAGAAUGGUUGGUUAUUUUGUAUUCUGCUUGGAAAUUUGGAUGCGCUCGCAAGCUCCAAUUGGUUACGAUAUGAAUGAUGCAUAGUGUGCCUCUUGUCGACGCGUCCCUUUCAGUCUCCAUUAUCCCUCUGCAGUCUUCAAAAUUGGGCAUGGUUCU